AUGUCAAAAGGAUCAGCAGACGCUUUAAAAAGAUUCGAACUUGAAAAUAAUGUUCAAACAAUAGAUCACGAUUCAUUAUUUAAAUACGAUGCACAACAAUACCAACAAUUUUUGAGUUCAAAACCAUGGGCAAAAGAUCCACAUUAUUUCAAACAUGUUAAAAUUUCAGCUAUUGCUUUAUUAAAAAUGGUUAUGCAUGCUAGAUCAGGUGGUAAAUUAGAAGUUAUGGGUAUGUUAAUGGGUAAGGUUGAAAACAAUACAAUGAUUAUUAUGGAUUCAUUUGCUUUACCAGUUGAAGGUACAGAAACUAGAGUAAAUGCUCAAGUCGAAGCUUAUGAAUAUAUGGUCGAAUAUCUCGAACUUAUUAAACAAACUGGUAGACUCGAAAAUGCCUUAGGUUGGUAUCACAGUCAUCCAGGUUAUGGUUGUUGGUUAUCAGGUAUCGAUGUUGGUACCCAAUUAGUUAAUCAACAAUAUUCUGAACCAUGGUUAGGUAUUGUAAUUGACCCAACUAGAACAGUUUCAGCAGGUAAAGUAGAAAUUGGUGCAUUCAGAACAUAUCCACAAGGUUAUAAACCACCUAAUGAAGGUCCAUCAGAAUACCAAUCAAUUCCAUUAUCAAAAAUCGAAGAUUUUGGUGUUCAUUGUAAACAAUAUUACUCUUUAGAAAUUUCCUACUUUAAAUCAUCAUUGGAUCAACAAUUACUUGAUAAAUUAUGGAACAAAUAUUGGGUCAAUACUCUCUCUUCAUCACCAAUCUUUAGCAAUCGUGAAUAUAUUACCGGUCAAAUUAAUGAUCUCAGUGAAAAAUUAGAACAAGCUGAAACCCAACUCUCAAAUACAAGAUCAGCAGCAUUAUCAGAUAAAAAGAAAGAAGAAAGUUUACUCUCUAAAAUUAGCAAAGAUAGUUCUAAAGUCACAAUAGAACAGGUUCAAGGUAUCAUGUCCCAAGUAUUCAAAAAUUCAAUUUUUAACGAGUCCCAAGCAGUUUCUAAAUAG